CAGUGGAUACACCCACUUCGAGAGAUGUCUGAAAUACAGUGAAAAUCAUUUUAAAUAAAAAAACACAUUAAAUUCAAACAUAUAAACUACGAAAUACUUAACGUUCCUAGAAAAACAAUAAUUCACAAGUGAAACAGUAUGAAAUUAUAUUUCGUUUUACAAGUAAUCCACCUGUUUUUAAAUGUAAAUGGUUAUAUCAAUAAAAACAAUUGACGAUAAAGUGAAAUUUUCAAGUGAAAAAAAACAAUUUUAAUUAAAUAAAAUUGUCUGUCAAAACAUUUAGUUCGUGUGGAGCCAUUAGAGACGAGGCAACCGCAACAGGUGAUUACGACGCACAAGAUGAUUUUGUACGAUCUGCAACUGGAAGCGGCCCCCGGCGAGCGGGCCGCGCCGGUCAACAACAACGCAGAGGGCGCGGUGGCCAGCCCCCCGCGCGACGACAACCACAACGCCCAGCUACCCUCCCCGCGCGUCACGGCGCUCACCCCCUCAGAAAUCCUCAAGGUGUACAGCGACCGGCUGACUGACUGGGAGCGUACGGAGGUGCGCAAGUAUCCCGAGGUUUGGUUCCUGGGGCUGGACGCUAACAAGGUGCACGCGCGCUCCAACCUGCCCAACAACUGCGGCUUCGACGACGAGAAUGGCAGCUACAAUAAACAAAUCCACGACCACAUAGCCUACCGGUACGAGAUACUAGAAGUGAUCGGCAAAGGGUCGUUCGGGCAAGUGAUAAGGGCCCUGGACCACCGCUCCGGGAACCAAGUGGCCAUCAAGAUCAUCAGGAACAAGAAGCGGUUCCACCACCAAGCGCUGGUGGAGGUGAGGGUGCUGGAUCACCUGAGGCUGAAGGACAAAGACCAAGCGCACAACGUCAUCCAUAUGCUGGAUUACUUUUACUUUAGGAACCAUUUGUGUAUCAGUUUCGAGCUUAUGAGUAUCAACCUGUACGAGUUGAUCAAGAAGAACAACUACCAGGGCUUCAGCUUGAGCCUCAUCAGAAGGUUUGCGAGCUCUCUCCUGCGCUGUUUGAGGCUACUGGAAGCGGAGAGCAUAAUCCAUUGUGAUCUGAAACCAGAAAAUAUCCUCCUCAAAGCUCGCGGUAGUUCGUCAAUAAAGGUGAUAGACUUCGGCAGCUCUUGUUACACGCACGCGAGGGUGUAUACCUACAUUCAGUCACGGUUCUACAGGAGUCCAGAGGUCAUACUGGGCCUGCAGUAUGGCACGGCGAUAGACAUGUGGAGCAUGGGGUGCAUCCUCGCAGAACUCCACACGGGCUACCCACUGUUCCCGGGAGAGAACGAAGCAGAGCAACUCGCUUGCAUCAUGGAGCUGCUGGGCCCACCGCCUCCAGACCUGCUUCUCCACGCCACGAGGAAAAGGCUAUUUUUUGACUCAAAAGGCUCGCCUCGCACUGUGACGAACUCCAAGGGCCGCAAGCGCAGGCCGGGCUCGCGGACCCUCUCCACUGCAGUGCGGAGUGACGACCCGGCCUUCCUGCACUUCUUGCAUCGAUGUUUAGAAUGGGACCCAAAACGACGCAUCACACCCACGGAGGCGACACGUCACGAGUUCGUAAUUGGAUGUGCACUUGGUUCGACGCCAUCGGCAAUGCUCGCGCUACCUCGUCUUCCUCCCCCGAGGCCCACGAGGACUGCCUUGCUGCACUCCCAGUCCGCGGGAGACGUCGCCGCCAUGCUAGGCCGAGCGUGACCUAAGGACAGCUGAGUUAGAAUCGGUUCUGGUGACCUUCCUUAGUCUUUCGUUUUAGUUUGGUCAACCUCAGAUCUUCCAUGACUUUAAGGUUAAUUUUAAUACUUGCGAAAUCCUGGUCAGAAUUUCUUAGUUAGUCGUUUUAAUAAAACUACUCAUUAAUUACUUUUGAUUGGUUGAGAACCUUGAAUAGUUGUGGCAUAAGUUUUCGUUGAUCACGUUUUCGCAAUUAAUAGAAUGGAGCUUCAACAAAAUUUUAUUCUAAUUGAAUUUUUACUAAUAUACCUAACUGGUCGACAAUUUGACCAGAAUUUCGCCUCUGUUUGAUAGAUUGAACGAGGACAAUUUUGCAGUUAUUUUUUUUAUAUUCUGUAUCUUUCUAAAAAUGGCUUGCAUACAUAAUUAAUUCUUUUGCGAAUUGGCGAACGGCGCUCGGUUUUGAAACAGCGCAGGACCAAUAAAACGCAUAUGUAUCAUGUCUUCAUAACACCAUCUACGUAGAGAAACUUUAAAAAUUUAAUCUAAAUCUCUUGCGAAUUAGUAACUGUAAGUUGGCUUGAAAUGUUAUGUGCAAGACAACGAUAAUGUAAUAGCACAUCUGAUUGAAAUGUUAGUUCUAAACAAAAAGUUAAUGUAGUUAAAUUACUUGGAUUGAAAUCAGAUCAUAAUGUAGUGUCGUGUGUUUCUAUUUGUAAGAGAAUUUCCAAAUCGUACGAACUUGAUGUUACAUACUUAUUGUUAAGAUGCAUGUUACACUAUAUAUCUACUCCAAAAUAGAUUUGGAAUGUACCUACUUUGAAGUGAUGUGAGCAUUUGGAGAUUGAGCAAUGCAACGUUCUGUUAUGUUCUACCUUCCUGGUGAUAUGAUCUGAUAUAUUGUUCUACGCGCUAUUAGAUAGGCCAUCAGUUCUGUGCUAGUUGUUGCAAUCUUGAAUUUACUCACUCGCAACACUCAAGUCAUAUGGAAUAUUUCUUGCUAAAUUGCCAAUAUAUCCGGUAUUUUUUCUAUCGUUACUUUUUUUCGAGAUGUCGCGAAUGUUAUCUGCUAAGUAAUAAUUUACAUGAGGAGUUUUAGUAACCCUAGACAUUGCGUAACACAGCAGACCAGUUUUGAAACUACCGACCUAAAUUGUGGUUAUACUUGUAAAGACUAAUUUCAUUGGUAUUACCGCUAAGUGCUAUUCGUUUUGUGAACGGAGGAAAUCUUGGUUUAAAAUUAUAUGUGCCAAAUUCUGCAUCUAGACCAAUACCAUUUUAUUAUUUCUUUAGUCCUUUUAUAACGGUCUAAUGGUUAUUCAAGUUAAGCACUACAUACGAUUUGUCUUGUUUUAUCAUGUAAUCGUUACGUAAUAUCCAUAUUCAUCUGAGAUAUAAUAAAAUAUGGGACUGAGCUUAGUCAUUUGCCACGUUAUUAUUUCGUUCUAAAUAUGGUAACGUGUAUUUCGUUAGUAAAUAUAAGAUAUAAGUGUGUUUAUCAGGUCUAUCAAAUAUAAUGAAAUUACUAAGUGACGACAUCGAACAAAUCAAUAUACCUAUCGAUACUCAAAGGUUACUUUGGGCGUUUAAAUUUUGAUUAAGUAUUAAGUAAUUUUUAGAUUAGACACGGAGAUCGACGUGGGCAGAUUACUAUCAGCACUCAGCACUCUAGGCUUACUCGUAUAGGACGUUGUAUUGGUAACUCAGUGGGGAGGUUAAGAGAAAGAUAAGCGCUGAACAUCUUUGGCAAAAGGUUUAUAAAGGUCAGGUCAGAGGAAUUUAAAUAUUUGUCAUGCGGGCGUGGUCGGUGAACUUUCUUAAAAAAUAUUUCCUGAUUACGACACUUACAAGUAACUUCGACGUGAAUGUAUUUGAUGGAUUACACCAAAUCCUAAAUCGAAGUAAUUCAUGUUUUUGACGUGCUUUUCUUUUACUGUUGUUUUGUUGGUUGAUAAGUCUAUCUAGACGUUGAUACGAAGAUAUUUGAAUAGACGACUCAAACUGGUCAUUGGUAAACUAAUAGUAAAUAUUUUUAGCUUUUCUGUUUUAUUAGUAUUGGUGGCCUGAUAUAUUUCAUAGUUCAGAAAAGAAUUUCUUUCCUCUUGACAUGGACUUCGAUCUCUUUCCUUAAAAAUAGCUGAUGUUUUUUAUUCUUCAAAAUGUUCAGUAAAAUUUCGAUGCGCUAACAAUGAAAAGUUCAAAAUGGACGGAUUACGAGUUUAUCGCGAUUAUUAGAAAGCACACACCCAUAUCUAUCUUAAUAUUAUCAUUAAUGAAUUAUAUUUAUUAUAUAUUAUAUAUGUAUAUUGUAUAUAUAAGGUAACAUCGACUGAAUUAUAGUACAACAUAUUGUAUACGUCAUAUAUCAUAUCAAAAUUAUUUAUCAGUUCGAAUCAUUGAAAGUAAUAGAAAUUUCACGUAUCUACGUUUUUUUGCAGUCGUUUUAAUCAGUGACAUUUGAUCAAGUAUAAGUGCAUAAGUGAUGGAAAGUGCUUAAAAUUGACAAUUUACUUAAGCGAUUCCUUGACAUAUAGGUUAUUAACUGGAUGAAACAAUGCUGCCUGUAGCCGCGUAUCACACAUUCGUAGAUUUGUUUUCAUAGUUACAUUAAUAAAACACUCUUAUUUGACUUUCAUGACUUUGAAUAAAUCUUUUGAUCACUCGCUUCUUAAUUUAGUUCAGGCGAGUUCGGUAAGUUGUUACAUAAUGUUUUCGUGAAUUAAUUAGUAACAAAAAUCUCAAUUUAGGUUAUAUUCAUCAUGAAACUCAACGCUAAGCAGUCUAACUAAUUACAUUAUUUUCUCCUUUUGAUAAACUGCAAAUAUCUUCUACAAAUAAGUUCAACGUCCACUGAUUUAAAAGACGGUUGACGUGUAGCUUUAUGAUGUUUACACUCAUUCUAGUUGUAAUCUCAUAGAUUUUCGACUUGUAACUCUUACUGGCGAAGUUUUCUGGGUGGUUAAGUCUACUAUUACAACUAUUUGCUUUAAAUAUGAGCUAAUAAUUACUGUAGGUGUUUACAGUAAUUCAAUUCAGUCCCUUAAAACAACCUUGCAAUUCGAAAGAUCGUAUAAUUUCUAAUCCUACAUAAAAAAAUAUUGCCAUGACAUUAAUGUUUUACGCUUUGAGAGAACGGAUGUAAAUCCAACAAAACAGAAUUGUCACUGUUAAUUAUUUGAAUAAUUGACAUAAACAGUUAAUUUGCUCACAAAAAUAGCCGAAACUACAGACCACAAUAUUAUUCUGUUUAAGUGCUUGUAUCAAACUACUCAUAGGAUUUGUAUUUAGUUGGUUUUUCCCGCAGUUAAGCCACCAAAUACCUCCCAAUUAGAAUACUUAAAACGAAUGGAAUAGGUGCUAUUGGUGUAAAUACCUGGACAUUCGUACACCCUGUGAACUUUGCCCGUAACAUUCAUAAUAAUGAACGUUUAGGAGAUGUGAUUGUGUAGGUUUUUUAAUCGUAGGUUAUUAGAUAGACAAUACUAAACCAGAUUACUAAACUGUAGUUUUAAGAUUCUCAAAGUGUAGAUUUGAUAAAUGUUAGCUAAAUAUCUUAAUAUAGGCGCGAUUAAUACUAAUUCUAAUCUCGGUUGCCAAAGUUUCGUAAGUCCGUACUAAUUAAUAUCGUUAAGAAAUAGGUAACAAUUCUGAUGCAUAAAUUCCUAGAUACAGUAAGAUGGAGGCUUUUCUAGUUCCUCGAUAUAAUAGGAGUCUAGUUCCUCGAACCUGCGACAGUGACGUCAAAUUGCAUAAUUUGGUGUAAUAUGACAAAUUGACGUAACUACAAAGAUUUAACUUUUAAUUAAUUCAAACUUCAUGGUUUACUGAAGUGUUACGAGGUUUACGCCAUCAGAAUUGAUAUCAUUAAUAAAUAAGCAUAGUUUGUUUUAAGUAGGAAAUCUCGCUUGUUAAGAACUUUGAUAUCAAACGAUCAAAUGUUAAGAACAGCUGUAUCUCAAAAUAUAAAGACUUAAUAAUACAUUUCCAGUUAUAAUUACUUCUCUGAUCGAUAGUUUUCUCGCUAGGAAUUUAUUUUAAUUUAAUAUAUUCGUUUGAAGUAAUUGAGUGAUAUCAUUAGUAUUAUAAAUCAAUUGUCCGGAGACCAGGUCUCGCGAAUCCAUUUCAUACGGGGUUAUUAAAAUAAAAUAAUAAUGAUGAAUUGUCUCAUAAUGUGACAUCCUUAAUCAUUUGUACGAGUGUCUAAAAAAUGCUUUUCUUCAUACAUACAGGUAUCUCGAUUAAUCGAAUCUGAACUGUAAAAUGGUAACGGAGAACCCCUGUGUUAUCCUGCCACAGGAAUUUAGUCUAGCAACAAUCGUGUAAUAAAGACGACCCCCCACCCACGCGGAUUCGUACGAGGACAUCAUUGCACCUAUGAUGGGGAGUGAUCUCACUCAGCCCACCUACUCAUCGGUUCCAACGUCCCUUUUUCAUGACACCCAUAGUUUGUUUAUUGCAUAUCUAAGAGUACAAUGGAUCAUUACCAUCAAUUUUGAAUGUAAAAAUCGUUUCUUUUUGCACCAAAGUUACAGUUUUAGCUUUUUACGCUUUCAUAAAAUUGCCAAAUCUAAAGUAUUUACGUACCAAGUAAGCCUUGCGUAGUGUUUAUUAUAUAGGUGUCUAUAAUUCCUUAGACGUGUAAAUAUUCUGAGCGUAGUAGACUGUAUGUAGGCGAAGCCAAACUGUGAAAUGUAAUUUAUUAUUAAUACUUUUGUUAGUGUCCGUUUUCACUAAUACAUAUCGACAAAUGCGAUCGCAAUCUCGAAGUCU